GCUUCCGAGUUCCGACAACCGCAAAUUCACCGACUACCAUCUCAUAACCAUCAAUCGUCGGGGAACUACAUAAGCUUCAACUAAUCAACGGUCCAAAAAAUCCACGCUUAACACGCGCGAGUGAGCCUCCACUAUUUCUUUUUCGUUUUCUUAAUUCAGCGCCAGCCAACACCGCAUUUCCAAGCAAUUUCCUAGCUAGUGGUAGUAGUCUCUCUCUCUUUUUCUAUCGUCUUCUUCUGGUUAGCUGAACCUUGAAUGAAACCUGAGAAUCUCUAAAUCUCUCUCACAUGGCGUCCGCAAUCGAACACGGAGGAGGUGAGAGGGACUUGGAGGCCGCUCUGGUGAGUCCGACGACGCCAAAUUCUCUGGCGGAGCCGUCGCCGUCGCCUUCGCCGUCUUCGACGGCGUCGGCGCCGGCGCUGGUGCUGUCUAACUCCGGGAAGAGGAUCGACCAGGCCGGGAGGAAGAAGUACGUGAAGCAGGUGACCGGGCGGCACAACGACACCGAGCUCCACCUGGCGGCGCAGCGGGGCGAUCUGGCGGCGGUGAAGCAGAUUCUCGACGACAUCGAUUCGCAGAUGGUGGGGAGUCUGAGCGGCGCGGAGCUCGAUGCGGAGGUGGCGGAGAUUAGGGCGGCGGUGGUCAACGAGGUGAACGAGCUGGGAGAGACGGCCUUGUUCACGGCUGCUGACAGGGGACAUCUUGAUGUCGUCAAGGAAUUGCUCAAGUAUUCCAACAAAGAGCCUGUUUCAAAGAAGAAUCGGUCCGGAUUCGAUCCGCUUCAUAUUGCUGCGAACCAAGGCCACCAUGCCAUCGUCCAAGUACUACUAGAUCAUGAUCCUGGGCUUAGCAAAACAAUAGGCCCAUCAAACUCAACCCCGCUUAUAUCUGCAGCUACAAGAGGGCAUACUGCCGUUGUUAAUGAACUUCUCUCAAAAGAUUGUACCUUAGUGGAAAUAUCCAGGUCCAAUGGGAAAAAUGCAUUGCACUUAGCUGCUAGACAGGGGCAUGUAGAAAUUGUAAAGGCGUUGCUCGAUAAAGAUCCACAACUGGCACGGAGGACUGACAAGAAAGGGCAAACUGCAUUGCAUAUGGCUGUUAAAGGGCAGAGCAGUGAGGUGGUUAAAUUGCUUCUAGAUGCUGAUGCUGCCAUUGUGAUGCUUCCAGACAAAUUUGGUAACACAGCGUUACAUGUAGCUACGAGGAAAAAGCGUGCAGAGAUAGUCAAUGAGUUGUUACUCCUUCCGGAUACCAAUGUGAAUGCCCUGAGCAGGGACCACAAAACGGCUCUUGACAUCGCUGAAGAACUCCCUCCUUCCGAAGAAUCCACGGAUAUAAAGGAGUGCCUUGCUCGCUACGGUGCGGUCAGAGCCAAUGAACUUAACCAACCAAGGGAUGAAUUGAGGAAAACAGUUACCCAAAUCAAGAAAGAUGUUCAUACACAGCUUGAGCAAACAAGAAAAACAAACAAAAAUGUCGUCAACAUCUCCAAAGAACUCAGGAAGCUCCACCGUGAGGGAAUUAACAAUGCAACCAACUCGGUGACUGUGGUGGCUGUCCUCUUUGCAACAGUUGCCUUCGCAGCUAUCUUUACUGUUCCUGGUGGUGAUAACGAUGACGGAACGGCUGUGGUUGUGAAGAGUCCUUCUUUCAAAAUCUUCUUCAUCUUUAAUGCCAUUGCGCUUUUCACUUCUUUGGCUGUUGUGGUUGUCCAGAUUACACUGGUUAGGGGUGAGACAAAGGCAGAAAAAAGGGUGGUGGAGGUUAUCAACAAGUUGAUGUGGCUAGCUUCAGUCUGCACUUCGGUCGCAUUCAUGGCCUCCUCAUAUAUAGUGGUGGGGCGAAAGCACCGAUGGGCUGCAAUUCUCGUAACAUGUGUUGGGGGAUUGAUUAUGGCUGCCGUUCUUGGCACCAUGACUUACUACGUGGUGAAGUCGAAGAGGAACCGAUCUAUGAGAAAGAGGGAAAAGUCUGCAAAGAGAAGCGGGUCCAACUCAUGGCAUCACUCUGACUUCUCCAAUUCAGAAAUUGAUCGGAUUUAUGCCCUUUGAUAUUUGAUAUGUGAAUCUUGUACCUUAAAAGGAAACUUGAAGGACCGGUAAGAGACCGGAAAAUGGAUGUUGAACAGGUGCACACGCCAUUGAUAUAUUAUUAUUACAUAAUAGCCAUGGAGUUAAAUUAAGGCCGUUACAAA